UGGGUAGUGUACAAAGAAAACUCAACUCUAGGUGGAUCCAUUGCUACCUAAAGUUAAGAUAUGACAAUCACAGUAAUAAUUCCUUCUCAUAUGAGUUCAACAGUCACAAGCAGGACGGGAGUCAAACAUUCACUAUUAUAGAAACCAGUGGCCGUUCACUCAUUCAGCUGUUGUGCGACACAGAGUCUAAUAGUCCAACAUGUCCAAACUAUGGGAAGCAAGAGGAAAACCGUAUCCGGCAGCAGCAGGAGGAGAUGGAGCGGCGAAGACAGGAGGAGCAACGAAGACGACAGCAGGAGGAGAUGGAGCGGCGAAGACAGGAGGAGCAAUGAAGACGACAGCAGGAGGAGAUGGAGCGGCGAAGACAGGAGGAGCAACGAAGACGACAGCAGGAGGAGAUGGAGUGGCGAAGACAGGAGGAGCAACGAAGAUGACAGCAGGAGGAGAGGCGGCGCCAGGAACAACUGGAGAGGGAGAGGGCGAUCCAGCAAGAAAUCGAAAGGGAGAGCGAACUUUCGGGUAAGAAGAUGUCAAAGGGAUGAGAAAAGCUGAGACAGAAGCUGAGACUAAAAGGACAACAGCGCCAUCACCAGCGUACACAGGUACUACACCAGAUGAUAGAAGAUGACGCUGCAGCAAUCAGAAGGGAUGAGCCAGGGGACUUGAAAAAUAAGUUUGAAGAUCUUCUGAAGAAAUACGAGAUCACUGAAGACAAAGGCAUGCAGGAGGACAAACUUGAAAACCGAAGGAAAAAUCUUCAGAAUGAACUAACCCUUAAAUACUUUGGAGAGCCUCAACUGUCAAUCUGGUGUCAGUUGACCAUAGAUCGUGCUAUCAGCCAAGGAGAGCAAUCGCUCACUGAGCAGUUUAGCAUCCUCACGGCUGUGACAGAGCUAACGUUGACCAACGACUCGGACACAGACAGUAAAGAGGACCAACUACUUGACUGGGACCAGAAGUAUGACUUUCUCAUCCGUCUUCUUGAACAGCUGUACAGCACAAAUCCCACAGUGGCUCAACAACUUGUUCUGAGCAUUCUUGAUGUGUUCACAGAGGUGUCAGAGAAAAACAAGGGGCUCCUUAGUCAAAUUCUCUUCAACAUGAUCUGGACACCUUCAGAAAUUCUGCUCUUUUUGCGAGGUGUUUCAGGCAUAAACCAAGAGUUAGCAACCUCCAUCCUACAUACUGUGCAGACAAACAAGCUGGACCUUCUCUCUACUCUCUCUGCCCUGAAAGAUAAAGACCCUGUCAACUCUCUACAAUUGUAUGCUGAGGCAGAAGGGGACAAGGAUGCCGACACCAUUGUGAAUGAAAUGCAAAAUGAAAAGUACCCAGAGAAAAUAUUGUCCAUAAUGAAGGAAAUUCUAGGAUAUAUGACAGAGGAACUUCCAAAACAUGCAAAGGAGGACUUGGAUCAGGUAAAGAUAGAGGAAGCAAAGCAGAUGAUCAAGUCACUGGAUUUUACUGACCUUGCUGUUCUCAAGGAGGUCCUAAUAAGGAUGUCUAUUGCUGUGCAAGACUGCUCAACCAUUUACACUCAAAACGGUAAGAACAUAGAAGGCUACUUUCCUAGCAUCACUCCGCUGGCAUCACUGCUCACUGCUGAGAAAAUAGAAGGCUACUUUCCGACUCAUUCAGUUGGCAUCACUGCUCAUGCUCCUUCUACCAAAGUUAACAGGGAAAAAAGGUAUCCUUCUGGAAAUCGGCACAGGUGAAGGAAAAUCUUGCAUCUUGGCUAUGUUUGCCACCAUCCAGGCCAUCCGUGGCACUAAGGUUGAUGUUGUGACCAGUUCUCCAGUCCUUGCUCGCCGAGACCAAGAGGAGUGGAAGAAACUGUAUGACAUGUGUGGCAAACCUCUUCAAGGUUAGGAGCGUUUGUCACAAACUAAGUGGUAAACUGUCACCAAAUCACCCAAGAAUGAGAGUUCUUUCGA